CCCGGCUCGUCCGGCCCCUCGUCCUUCAGGGCAGUCUCCUCCCCUAGCAGAGUUGAACCCAGCACCGCAGGCCCAAGCCAUGCAGAAGGCGAGACCGCUGCUAGGCCGCUGUGCGCUCGCGUGGAAGUCGGUGAGGAUGGCCAGCUCCGGGGUAACCCGCCAGAGCCCCCUAGCCAACAAGGUGGCCCUGGUGACGGCCUCGACCGACGGGAUUGGCUUUGCCAUAGCCCGACGUCUGGCUGAGGAUGGGGCCCAUGUGGUCAUCAGCAGCCGGAAGCAGCAGAACGUGGACCGUGCUGUGGCCACUCUGAAGGGGGAGGGUCUGAGUGUGACAGGCACUGUGUGUCACGUGGGUAAAGCCGAGGAUCGGGAACGGCUGGUGACCAUGGCUGUGAACCUUCAUGGAGGUAUUGACAUCCUGGUCUCCAAUGCUGCUGUCAACCCUUUCUUUGGAAACUUAAUGGAUGUCACUGAGGAGGUAUGGGACAAGGUUCUGCACAUUAAUGUGAAAGCCACAGCCAUGCUGACAAAGGCAGUGGUGCCCGAGAUGGAGAAACGAGGAGGCGGCUCAGUGGUGAUUGUGGCCUCCAUAGGAGCCUUCACUCCACUUCCAGGUCUGGGCCCUUACAAUGUCAGUAAAACAGCUUUAUUGGGCCUUACCAAGAACUUGGCCUUAGAACUGGCCUCAAAAAACAUUAGAGUAAACUGUUUGGCACCUGGACUCAUCCGGACUCGUUUCAGCAGUAUGCUGUGGAUGGACAAAGCACGAGAGGACAGCAUAAAAGAAAUGAUGCACAUUAGAAGGAUAGGCAAACCAGAGGAGUGUGCCGGUAUCGUUUCUUUCAUGUGUUCUGAAGAUGCCAGCUACAUCACUGGAGAGACAGUAGUGGUGGGGGGAGGAACCCCUUCGCGCCUGUGACGACCUGAAGACAGCCCACAGUCCAGACAGUCCAGCUGUCCUCUACUUCUUUUCCUACGUACCUAUCAUGUUUGUUCACCCCCACAAAAUCAGUUCUACCCUGUAAGUUCCAGCCUUCCCUAUGGUCAAGGUGUGGUCUGAUGAACAUUCCCGCCAUUCAUUGCUAUGGCCUGCAGAAAAGCUUCCGGGGGAGAUGGGUUAAGCCUGCUGAGAAGGCUGCCUCUAACCUUGGCAAAGACCAACAAGUAUUUUUCCCCCGGGUCUCUCUGGAGAAUUUGAGGGCGGGGUGGCAGAGACGGAACCUGUGUGGAAGGAACAGGGAUGGCAACUAACAAAUGAGGUGUAAAUAAAAUGAAGACGAUUGGUUGGUU